GCGGGGCCAUCUCGCGAGACUCGUCGGCGGGAGCGGAGGCCUCUUUUCUCGCCCGAAGCCUAGGAGCGUCGCCGCCCCGCAGAGUUCUCCAGGAUGAGCCCCCUCCAAGAGAGAAAUGGAAGCUUUGUCGGCAAGGAGUCUCUGGACAAGUGUCUGCAGGCAAAGAAGGAUUUGGAAGCUGCAAUUGCUGAAAUUGUCAAAGCUGAACAGCACGUUAAAGACAACUGGAAAGAGGUGAAAGCUCAGAUUCACAGCUGCAUCAGUCGCCACCUGGAAUGCUUGCGGAGCCGUGAAGUGUGGCUGCUGGAACAGGUUGAUCUCAUUCAGCAGCUGAAGGAAGAAGCAUUACAGCAACAAGCGCAACAGCUCUGUUGGUUGUUGGGACAGUUCAGCGGCCUCAUCCGCCAGCUGGAACAGCCUCAAAGCAGUGACCUUACAAAUCAGAUUUCCGCGUGUUUUGAGAGGCUUGGCAGUUUGACUCUCCAGCCUGAAGAAACUUCCGUCCUGAACUUUGAGGCUGAUGUGCCAUUUCUUCGCCAGGCCAUCACCUCAUUUGGCUCCAUUACAACAAUGCAAACUUCUGAUAAAGAAGAUUAUGCUCCUUGGAUCUCUGUGCAGAACUCUCCGGCGAUAACGAGCUUGGAAAAGCCAAAACCUUUCUGUGGAACGCUCGGUUGCCCUCUCUCUGACUGGCUUCUCGGAACCAAAUCCGAUGGUGCUUGCUGUACACCUCACGUUCCUAGCUACAAGCAGGAGGCCUGGCUCUUGAAAACACAUGCUGAGGAGGCCAAUCAGAACUUGAAGUCUUCUGAAGUGUGUUAUUUGGAGAAAGCAUGGGGAAAUCUGAAAAACUUGGAGAAUUGGCUUUUGCAGAACCAGCAACAUGAUCUUCCCGAUAGAAUGGAUGUCCACCGACGGAAGAGUUCCACUUCCACCAUUGCCUCCACCUUGUCCAUUGAGAAGAUAGAUGAAUUGGAAAACUUAGAGCAAGAAGACACGGAUCUUUCUGAUUGGCUGCUUGUGCCUCCUGAAUCCGAAAACAAGAAUGCCUCCGACGAGAAGUGGAAAUUCAUUUUUAAGCCUUUUCGGGAGGAAUAUAAUGUGAAUGAUUGGCUCCCUAAAACCGAUUCCUGCAAUAAUUGUUGCGGCAGCCAAGCCAAGGGCGUAGAGAUAGAAAAUCUUGGCAAUCUGAAAUGCCUUAGCGAGCACCUUGACGUGAGGAAGCCGCCCAGCACCGAUGCCUGGCUUCUGCAGCCCGCUUUCAAAGUAGAAGACGUCUGCAGAGCCAACGAGCCCUGUUCUAGUUUUUCUGAGUGUGUGUGUGACGAGAACUGUGAAAAGGAAGCCCUGUGCAAAUGGCUCCUUAGGAAGGAAGGCAAGGAUAAAAACGGGAUGCUGAUAGCGGACAUCUCUGAACCUGAGGAACGUCAGCCUGCGGUGAAUAUCUGGCUCCAUCCUUCUCGACAAGCAGAGCGGGACUCGGCUACCUCUGCAACAGAGCAGGACGUCCGCGAGGUGUCAGAACCUCUGAAAGAAUUGCUGGAAACCUCCUUGUCCUCGUGGCUAGCCGAGAGAGAAAUCCAGGCUUCAAAUGAAGAAGAGAAAGCCACCCGAGAGGAGGCCGAAGCGAGCCACAAGGGCUCCUUCCUGGAGCUGCUGGUGCCCUUCCAGCUGCCUUUCAACGUGAACAGCUGGAUCUUGUCUUCACACAGCACAGAAAUCCCCAGCCAGCCUCCCCUAGAAGACAAGUGGCUGUUACGGAAGAAAGCACACGAGAGCGGCUUUCCUGCAGUCUGUGACCUGUUUGCCUGUAUGAACCUGAGUGGAGAUCGAGAAAAGUGGCUAUACCAGACUCCUUUACAGCUGUGAAAAAGAAAAACCCCGCACAAUGUGAUCCAAGUGAUCGCUUCGGUUUCCUGCUGAUUGUCGCACACCUGGAAUGAGUUACUGUGCCCUUUCGUUUCUCCUGUGUUUUGACCAUCUGCCUUUUCCAGAUUUUGAAUGUCACUUUAAAAGCCGUUUGUAGCUGGUGUUGGGCUGCAGAAGACGGACCUUGGAGUCCUCUCUUACCACAAAGAAACAGAAGUGCCCUUAGGGGUAUCUUUUGGUCGAUGACAUCUCGUCACGUUAAGUGUAAAAGCCAGUAUUUUGAGAUAGCUUCCUGAUAGGAUGUCCCUUAGCUGGGAUGGGAGAUGGGGGGAGGCAGAAUUUUAUCCAGAGCACACAGUUGGCUCUUCUUUCAAGCCCCUAGGUUUAAAUAUAUUUACAGAGCGUGUUCAUGCAGCUCCUAUGAAGCCAUUAGAUACUUCCAAAUUGUGUAUUCUGUGUAUAUAUAUAUGCACUCUUUUUAGCUGAAAGAUGAUUAUAUAUCAAACAGAUUGGCAUGGGCACCUGGUAAUUUUGGUGAAGAAUGGGAGGGGGCUGUAAUUGAGCACAGAGUGGAUGAAGUGUGUGUUAUUUUAAAGCCCAUUACCAAGUACAAGUUGUAUCCUUUGUACUGCAGAACAAAAUUUACUUUUUCUCUCUCACACUAUGAAUUACAGUAUCCUGACAAGUUGAAAGUAGCCUUAGAAACUUUAAUGCUAAACUCUAAUACCACUUUUACCUGUUGCCACAAUUUGUGGAGGCAUCUUUGAUAAGCUGUGAUCCUAAAAUCUUAACACUUAAGGAUAUGGAAAUCUUGUUUUUGAAGUGCUCUUGGCUUAGCACAGGUAUGCUUUAAUUGCUAGAAGUUUUACAGGCAUAAGCCUUCCAGCAUUUAAAGGCCACCUGUCAUAUGAAUACCACUGCAUUCCUUAAAACCUGUUGAGUUCAGCCAUUCAUUGACAUACUUGCCUUUCAGUGCUUAACGUUAUCUGCUCAGGUUCAUGUGGUGGUACAUGUAAUACCUAACUGAUGUGUAACGUGAUCAAACCCUUGCUGUCUUUUACAUUAAUCCAAUAUUUGUGAUGCUAAUUAAGUAAGCCAUUAAACCAUUGUGAAUAAAAAGUG